CUCACCUUAUGAGUCCGCGUUGCUGUGUGCUGUGUGGUGGUAGCAACUUUUUCGUCUCUCCUCUUGUGUGAAAAUUCUGUGAAUUUUCCCAUUUUUCCGUUCAAUGGUGCCAUUCUGAGCCUCAUUUCACUACGCAAACAGAUUAAUUGCACAAAUACUAUUCGUUUACUAGCACGCAUACACGGUUUUUUGGAAAUUUCAUUCAUUCGAAGUGUCGCGGAACGCUAACAAUAAGAUAUAACGGAAGAAGAGCAAAGUGAAGCUAGCGCGAGAGUGAAAAUAGUAAUCCAACAAAAUGUCGGACCCAGACGCAUUAAACAUCGAUCAUCUGAUUGCUAUGCUUUUAGAAGUUCGUGGUGCAAGGCCAGGAAAAAAUGUUCAGCUGUCGGAAAAUGAGAUUCGUGGCUUGUGUUUAAAAUCUCGGGAAAUUUUCCUGUCGCAGCCGAUUCUACUAGAGUUGGAAGCACCUCUGAAAAUUUGCGGUGAUAUUCAUGGUCAGUAUUACGAUCUGCUGCGCUUGUUCGAGUACGGUGGGUUCCCACCAGAAGCGAAUUACCUUUUUCUGGGAGACUACGUAGAUAGAGGAAAACAAUCGCUUGAAACAAUUUGCCUACUACUUGCCUACAAAAUCAAAUACCCAGAAAAUUUCUUCUUGCUUAGAGGAAACCACGAAUGCGCCAGCAUUAACAGAAUAUAUGGAUUCUACGAUGAAUGCAAGAGACGCUACAACAUCAAGAUGUGGAAAACAUUCACGGAUUGUUUCAACUGCUUGCCGGUGGCGGCUAUUGUGGACGAAAAAAUUUUCUGCUGCCAUGGUGGACUGAGUCCAGAUUUGCAAUCAAUGGAGCAAAUUCGACGCAUCAUGAGACCAACCGACGUACCCGAUCAAGGUUUGCUCUGUGAUCUUUUGUGGUCGGAUCCGGAUAAGGACACUAAUGGCUACGGAGAGAAUGAUCGUGGUGUUAGCUUCACGUUCGGCGUGGAUAUUGUUGGCAAAUUUUUAAGUAAACAUGACUUUGACUUGAUAUGCCGAGCCCAUCAGGUGGUUGAAGAUGGAUACGAAUUCUUUGCUAAGCGGCAACUCGUUACUCUCUUCUCUGCACCAAACUACUGUGGCGAGUUCGAUAACGCAGGAGCGAUGAUGUCUGUGGACGACACACUUAUGUGUUCUUUCCAGAUUCUGAAACCAGCUGACAAACGUAAGUUUCAAUACAGCGGCAUAAACUCUGGACGACCGGUUACACCGCCACGAGGUUACAGUAAAAAUAAAAAAAAAUAAGCAGACAAUAGAUAAGAGAGCUAUAUACAAAUUAAAAAAAAAAGAGUUUACGACAUGAAAUCACACCUAACUCUUUUUUACGCGAAAACGAUAGUUGCUUAUUUUUGCCUAAAAUGAGCAUUAAAUUACGACACAAAAAUGCCUGAAAAAGAGUUGAGUGUGAAUAACAGGAUGACUUAGCAGGUAAUAAAUCUUUCAAUGUGAGCUUCAGCUCAUAAUUAUUUAAUAAUGAUUUAAACGUCAAGAAAUCAGCCCUCACGCAUACAUGCACACACUUAUAGAAACAAACAAAUUUAAUAACAGAGAAUACGGUGGCGUUUUUCUAAAACGCCGAAGCUAAUAAUUACUAUUGAAUAUGUUGUGAUAAUGAAUCACAACAGUGCUUGCUCCCUGUGAGAAGUCUUCGAACAAUUUUUAUACCGAUUCCUGUUUUAUCCAGAGCAUAUUUUUCUUGUCUUUUUCUCAGAAAGUUCGACCACUUGUUUGAACACACUAUAAUUAAAGAUACUUAUGAAUUGAAAUUAGUGAUCGCCGACAUUUGACAAAUAGAACUACAACAAGAAUUAAUUAUAAAAAAAAACUUUAUUCUGUUCAAUACGAACAAUGCUUGGCUACAAUUAAAUCAAUGAUGUAUGAUAAUUUUAAAACAUUUAAUAGUUCACAACCAAUAUCUGCUAUUGCAAAAUAUGCUCAUGAAAUUUUAGAAAAUAAAAAAAAAAUGUUUAAUUGAUUAUUCGUUUUUUAAUUGAAGAUUUUAAUUUUUUUGAAUAGCAAAAAUUCAGUACAAUAAUUGUACAUAAAUUAGUGUGUUCUGCGAAAUGGAACAUUGGAACCUAUUUGGGAAAAAUAUUCUUGAUCGAAAUUUUGGAUGUUUUUGUAUUUUUUAUGUUUAUGUUUUCCACAGACAAUAGAUCGAACCUCGUGUAAACAAUGUAAAGUUAAAUGAGAACAAUUGUCUCUAGACUAAGCAGCCAACGUUAUUAUUUUAUUGCAUAUGUUGCAAUUUCCCCGGGACAAAAAAAUUUUGUACACUUUAACCAACUAUCAUUACUUCAACAGAUAUGCAAACAAUUAAGCUUGAAGAGUUUUAGAAUUCGAAUUUUAAUUAUACCAGCAAUUGUGUAGCUAACCGAACUGACCGUGAGUUUCAAUAUACAUGGAAAGAUAAAAAUCGAGCUUAUUCAUUUGUUGUCAUACAAAAAGAUCUGGUAAACUUCAGACUUGUAGAAGGCUUUUGCUUACCACCAAUAAUAUUUGAAAAUAGCCCAAUGCACGUUGGUUGUGGAUUUAUAUGAUUUAAGCGAAUAACGAUUGGUGAGAAGCAAUAUCCAUUAUUCUCAUUUACGACCGACUCAGUCCGAGUCGAGUAAGUUCUCCUAUUUUAACAAAUUAAUGAACAUGUUUCUUUAACUCAUCACCAGGUGGUUUUCAAAAACUGGCCAAAAACAGCAAAUUUUAAGGGAAAAUGGUCGAAGAUUUUACGUUUGCUCCGAAUGUGAGUAUUCUCUUAUAUUUUGUUCGACUUCCUAAUGUUUUUGUUGUUGUUCCUUUUAAUAUCCUUGCUAAUUUCAUGUUAUUGUCAUUUCCUUCUGUGGUGUGGCUAGGCGAGGAGUUAAUAUUUGUUGUAAAUAUUGGCCUAUUUUUAAUUCCUGGUGCAAUACUGUUCAUGAUUCUUGUAACCGAUUAUCAUAUUGUUCAUUUUCUGUUCGUCUCUUCUUGUCCAGAUGAUUGAUUGAAAAUUGUGUACAGGACGGUUCCAAAAAGCGUGCAUAGAUAAAGAUACAAUAUUUGCUUGCAGAAAUAUGUGACAAACAGAGCUAGCAAAAAAACUGUUAGUAUGAGAAAAUGAUAGCGAAAUGAUAACACGAAAUAUUUUCAAUCAAACGCAAGCAUACGGUCUAUGUUGCAUCAACACUAUUGUUUCAAGAAAUGUUAUCUUCACUGUGUCUCUGUUGUUUUGUUUUCGCGAAAUGAAGCGAAAAGUAACCUCAAACAUUUUUUUAAAGCUAAUACUCCGUUGUAAUGAAGCUAAGCGUAUAAUCCUCGCUAUUAUUUUUAAUCAGCAAAUGUAUAAAUGAUACUAACCAAACACUCACGUAUUUUCUUGAUACUUAUAUUAACUCUGUGAUUUGCAGUCUAUAAUUUUUAUUCGAUGUUUCAUUCGAAUGUAUCAUAUGACAAGUCAAACACCGAGUUGCUCUUUCUCAAGCAAAAACGUAAAUAUGGUAACUGAACUGUACAGAAUUACGAAAGCAAGAUUUGUUUUAGAUAGUAAUGUUAUGGCAAAAUUGUAAAAGUGCGAGAUGAUUUUGACACAUACCACAUGAAGCAAAACUGUACUCAUCAAUUUUUGUAUGUAUUUCCUAUUAAACCAUUUUUAUUGACUAAACACUAUUUCAUAACUAAUAAUAAAAUGCCAGAAUUAUGCAUUGUUGGCAAAAUAUUUUAUAAAAUAGUUUAAUAACAGCAAAUGGUUGCCAUUUGACAGCCGCAAACCUAAAUCAGCUAUGACAACAUCAGCAACUAGUAAUAUUGUCACUAUCACUGAUCAAAUGGCAUCUAACGAAGAUCAAACAGAACUUCAACACGACGAGGAUCCCUCUACGGGGCACAUUUUAAAGUUGUGUGAUCCAACAGGGCAGCAACUAGAACAAUUGCAUAAGCUUGAUGAAACAACAUCGACUACUCCGAUAACUGAAAGCCAAGGCUCCGAAAAAGCAGUAACUGUAACACUUAGAGCUGAUCUCAGAGAUUAGCAUUGAGUUCAACUUUUUCCUUCAUCAAGUGCUCCAGCUUCCAACAUCACUAUUGCACAUGAUGACAAAUGAUGAACAUUUUCAAAAAGGCAACAAACAAUAUUCAAUAUAAAAAUUAAGCUACUGUCAUUGGUAGAAUGGUGAAAAUGUAUUGGAACAUAUUUAGAAUAUUUGCAAAAUAUAUUUAAACUUGACGUAGUAAGUAUGUGUGCAGAUGACUAAUGUGCAUAUGAAAAACCAUUGCGUGACAUGGAACAGAAAAACGAGCGUGGAACCAUGCAACAAAAUAGUAGAGGUUUUUUAGUGGAAAUUGUUUUGGAGAGGAAUACUAUUGAAGAAGUACGAUGGUUAUAAUUGUCAGAAAAAAACCCGCGAAAAAUAAUUCAACUUGCAUCAUACAGAAAAUUACUGGUGUAAUAAAAAAUAUCCUAAAUUAUACAGAAA